GUGACUGGAAACUGGGCAUGCGUCGUACAUACUCGCUAUGCUUGCGAAUGCUUUCUCCUUGUUGCGGCCGCUUGGGCUCGCCGCGCCGCACGCGAUCCAGAUUCUGAGCUAUGACUUCCUCUCUAAUGUUUUGUGAUCCGAAACUAUAGUAUAGCGCAUUCUCGAAUAUUUUUUCUAGGAGAGGGAAUACUGCCUAGCAAUGUCAUAACAAAAGUGAUACAAUGUCGGGUGUGGGACCGCUUGAGAUACCCAAUGUCAGAAAGAAAAGCGCUGAGCUUUAUCUACAUGACUAUGAUCUGGAUGAUGACCUUUCCAUUGCAACUCCGCCGGUCAAUAAGAAUCUGAUUGACGUGGAUGAUCCAGUAGAUGCUCUCAGCGCGAACCGGGAACAGACACGUUUUGUUGCUGCUGGAUGUCGGGGAAUACUAAAAGUGUUCAAAAUGGACGAAGAGGGCUUUAUGCAAGUCACCGAUUUGCGGUCAGCUAGAAGUCGUCGUCUCAAUCUUUUAUACUCACCAAGCAAUGUCGCGUGGAGCAAACUGAAAGACGAGCUAAUUGCUACUACAUCCAAUAAUGGAGCUGUCGUUUUGUGGGAUGUCAAUAAAGGAAGGAUUGAAAUGCACUACAAAUCGCAUCAACGCUCGGCCACUGUUGUUCAUUUCCAUCGAUCCAACGAAAAUCUCUUGAUAAGUGGCUCAAGAGAUGCAGCCGUGAUCCUUUACGAUUUGCGAGAGGCAGAGCCUAUCAAAAAAUUUGGUGGAAGCAAUUCGUAUGAUGUGAUACGCGACCUAUCGUUCUGUUUACAUCAAGAUCAGCAUGAUCAAUUCGUUACAUCUGAUGACAGUGGGACGAUUCGUAUGUGGGAUACCAGGAAAGGUGACAGGCCUUUGAUACAGUUUCCCGCCCAUCAAGGCUAUGCAGCAAGCAUCGCACUCAAUCCACGCGAACGGCAUCUUAUCGCGUCUGGUGGAGGACGAGACAAGUUCAUCAAGGUUUGGAAUUGGUCAGGGGCACGCCCUAAUGCACCCACUUAUCAUGUGGAAACUAUGGCCCCCGUGGGACGAGUAUACUGGAGCCCUGAUCCAAAGAAUGCCUUUCACAUUGCUAGUUGUGCCGUCGUGAACGAUAUGAGUGUGCAUAUCUGGGAUAUUCGGCGACCAUUUUUGCCCUACGCUAGCUUUGAGGAUCAUAGUGACAGCGUGACUGACAUGUGGUGGAAUGCUCGACAUCCUGAGUGCAUUGUGUCUUCUGGCAAGGACGGCCUUCUGGUUCUUCAUAAGAUGGAUCAAAGACAGUCACCACUUUCGUACGCAUGUGAUGUAGCUCUGGAUGUGGCACCUGAUGGACUGAUAGGAGUAGCAACGAACUCCCACAUACCCAUAAUUAAACAGCAGGAGCACUACAUGGCUAGAAAGAGAACUCCAUAUGAUCCAUUCCGUACUCCUGUACGAAGCCAGCUGUCAUGUGGUCUUCCAGACAAUGCUAUGAAUACGCUGCAACCGACUGCAUUCUAUAAAUUAGCAGAGAACUACCUGGCUGGUGGGCGGCCGUUACAAACGCUAUGCAAUCACAAUGCUAAUCUAGCUACUCUGUUGGGACAGUUAAAUAUAGCGCAAAGCUGGCGACUUGUGGCAGCGUUGCUAGAUCAGACAGGGCUGCAAAAGGUAUACGAUCAUGAUGCUGAAUGUACAGCCGCCAAUUAUCGCGAGAAAUACGAUGAAUAUGUGAAAGAGAUGGAAAGACAUGGGAAGAAGGUUCCAGAACCACCUCAAACCUUGGCUCUUCGGCCUACAUACCUUACCCGUUUUUUGAAUCACCAUUCGAGUUUAGAACAACCCAGAAAAGAACGCCUGUCUCCUACAAACGAUCAUCGAUACGAGCUGAAGCCUAGCAACGUAGCAUCGGGAGAUUUCUAUUUCGGUGCUGGUGAGCUAAAUAAGACCACCGUUGAGAAAGGAAUUGAAAAUCCUCAUUAUAACGAUUUUACCGGUCUCAAAGAUGAAGCGUUUGCUCUGAAGCCAGAUUUGUCGAAGCUAAUGUUCAUGUCCAUGUCAUCCGAUGAUGAUGGGUAUCUUGAAAAGGAGCACGUUGCACGCAUGAAUUGGAAUCCUUUGCAAGAGGUAGCGAGGCUGUUACGGUACCACGCCGAUCAGGGCGAUAUACAAACAUGUGCAACAAUUGCGUUGGUUUGUGGUCGACGACUUUCUGAAGUCAUAGACGAUUUCACUGUAGAAGCUUGGUUGGACAGUUAUAUGAACAUGCUGGAUCAGUUGGAACUUCACACUGCAGUUGCUGCUGUCAAAAAGUACUCAUGGAUCAAACGUAUCAACCAGAGAUCGCUCGAGGGCACCCAUUUUCGACUCACACAUCGCGGUUGCAAUGGUCAAACCCUCCAAUGCCGAUGCAUUAAGUGUCAUGCAGUUUGUGGAGGGACGUGCUCUGUUUGCGAUGGAACGCUUUUACACAUGACUUGGUUCUGUCGAAAAUGUCAUCAUGCCGCUCAUCCGCAUCACAUACUUGAAUGGUUUACGACGCAACGAGUGUGCCCAGUUGCCAGCUGUAUGUGCGAAUGCGGUACCAAUGUUGUACAGACACCACAAGAGAAGAAGAUGACAGUUACAAAGAAUAAAACUCUUGAAGCAAUUCGAGAACGAAGUGAAAAUUGCUUUCGACCCACAACAUCAUCGGACGUUACGACUUUGCCUUAUGAGAGCUCGUCCGACAGUGACGAUAGUGAAGAUGAGAGCGAUGAGUUGUCAGACACCGACAUCACUAUGCCAUCCAGCGCCGCCGACUUCGAAGCAUUGCUCGCUGAUCCUGAAGUGCUCGAACGUACUGAGACACCAGCUUGGAGAGCAAAGUUUACUUUGCCCAUGGAAAAUCAGUAUAGGGAGAUGCUGCGAAACACUUCCGAUCCUAAACAACGCCAAGAGUUAUCUACAGUUCUAUAUUGGUUACAGUUUUAUCGCUUGAUUGGUCCGAAGUUUCUACAGGAUCUCCAGCAAAAACAAGCGCAAAAGAAGCCAGAUUUGGAAGCUGAGCGACAAGCAUAUGAUCUGUUCUAUGAAUACCAGGCCAAACAACACAAAGAAAGCGAUGGACGAUUUCCAAUCGAAGAAGUUCCCAAAGAAUUUGUGGAGCUGCGCGGGUUUCUGUUUCCAAUGGGAUCCGAAUACGGCCCCCUAAAUGCUGAUCAAGCUCGCUAUCGCGAUUACUAUGAGAGAAUUUUGAAUGGCGAAAACGAUCCAGAAGAGGUAGAAGAGGUAGCGGAAUGGGAGCGAAGAUCUUUUGCCGAAUACGAGGAGAGUUUAUCCAGGAAGAAGUCGAAAAAACGGAAGAAAACAGGGGAUGAGACAAUUUCUCGUACGAGCAUUUAUGGGCAACGAAAUCGUUGAUUGGUGGCAGAAUUAUUGACGUCAUUAUUGAAGGAAGCCGUUGAAUGUAAUGACGCAAUGUCCUAUGAGUCAACUCAGCUGUUGUUUGGUGUGGUUCCUUCCAUGUUUCACUAGCAGCUAGAGGUCAGAAGUACGAAUACAGGUACUUCGUGGGUUCCUUUUUCUAGUUUGGUAUAGAAAUUGAGAUUGUAAAAUAGCUAUUCGUCGUUUGUCCAAUCGAUAACUCAGUUUUGAGGCGAAUGUCACAAUUACAGUUCACCUUUGCUCAUCAUCUUCGUCAUGAUACGUGUAAUUGCUUGUAAUAUGUAAAUAUAGAUAUUCUCUGUUCAACACUUCUUAUUCUUGUCAGAGUCACAAAGGGUCCUUAUGUUUAUACACAUCGAAUCUUUCGCCAAUUUGCACUUUUUGAUCGGUCAUGUCUGGUUCUUGCCAGCUCGAUCAACCCGAACAGCCGUUUUUUUUUUGUACAUAAUGUGC